GAGCAGGAGUAUGAGCCAAGGGUUAAGGACGUGAGUGCUACCCCUAUAUCCUACUAUGUUCUCUUCCUUGCCUUGCCUACCUUGCCUUAGCUACCUUUUCCACCUUUUUUCACUCGCCCCUCACCACACGCACCGCCCUCACUCCCCCAUCCGCACCACCCAAUCGGACGCACGCGGGGACCCGACACGACACGCACCACGCAACAAGGAACAAAUAGCUAACCAAACCCGCGCAACAGGCACGCCACCCCCACCCCCACACGCACGCACAAACGCAAGCGCAUGCGCAUAACUCAACCACGACGGCCUC